AUGCGGCCUCGACAAUAUUACUUGCUUGGCGUACUGGCCUUUCUUGGCAUCUGCUUCUACUCCCUUUCCCACUUCAAACCUGUUGUUCGACAACAGCCUAGCAAGGACAGCACGCGCCCGCCUUCGUGGACGUCACAUGGCGGCCAUGACUCCGAAUCAGUACCUCCAAGGACAGACCCGAUACCGGUGAAGGAAGGCAGCCACCCUAUAUGGCAGCUCAUCACAAAGGAAGAGAAGGAGCUGGAGACCUUAAAAGCUCGCCAGUCACGAACACUAGCCCAGGCUGUUGCUGAAUACAAGAGGCGCUAUGGAAUACCUCCUCCACCCAAUUUCGACAAGUGGUACGAGUUCGCUCAGAGCCGAAAUGUUCAGCUGAUCGACGAGUUCGAUACUAUCCACGAGCUGUUGACGCCAUUCUGGGGGCUCCAGCCUGCCACGAUACGCAGCCGAGCGAAGGAGGCACUGGGCUUUAAUAAUGCUUUGCUGGGAGUGCAGAUCCGCAGCGGCAAGGUGACCAACAUUGCUGGCGGUGGCGAAUGGCAACGCGAGGCGACACAAGGCAUGAUGAAGCAGUUCCUGCAAUAUCUACCAGACAUGGACCUCUGCUUCAACACCCACGACGAGCCCCGUGUCAUAGUGCCGCAUGAGGACAUGGCCAAACUCGUGGAGAAGGCACGAGCCGUAAAUAUGCCUGCUGCCAACGCCGUCGAGCAGCCGAGGAACUCCUUUACGUCCCACCCGAAAGGACUGAACGACGGCAGGGCGUUCGAAGAGACCAAGUUGACGCGCUUCAACGUCUUUGCGCACCAGCCGACCUGGACCCACUCGAGAAUGUCAUGCCCGCCAGAUAGCCCUGCGCGGGCUGUCGAGGAAGGGGAGAGGGCCGACGAUGUAGCCAAGUACGGCUUGGGCGAGCUCGGUUUCAUCUACAACGAGACGGCCAUGUCCGACAUCUGCUACACGCCCUCCCUGAGCGAGACGUAUGGCUUCUUCGACCGGCCCAACGCCUUCAACGUCGUGCAUGACCUGUUCCCCAUCUUUUCCCAGUCAAAGAUAUCCUCCUUUGCAGACAUCAUCUACCCUUCGCCCUGGUACUGGUACCAGAAGGUUGCUUACGACGAGACCAAGGACAUGGACUGGUCGCACAAGAAAGAUUUGCUCUACUGGCGCGGCUCCACGACGGGCGGCUUCAGCCGCAACGGCGGUUGGCGGCGUCAGCACAGGCAGCGGUUCGUGCACAAGAUCAAUGCCAUUGAGCAGGCCCAGGUCCUCGUCAACCAGGGCGACGACCAGACGCCCAACUACCAGCCCAAGACGGUGCCCCGCGCCGACUACAAGAAGAUCAUGGACGUCUACUUCUCGCACGUGGGCCAGUGCGACCCGGGCGACUGCGACGCGCAGCGCGAGUUCUUCGACAUCAAGCCCAUGGUCGACCAGCAGGACGCCUGGGCCUACAAGUACCUGCUCGACAUUGACGGCAACGCCUUCUCGGGCCGCUUCUACGCCUUCCUGAAGAGCAGGAGCCUGGUGUACAAGUUUGCCGUCUUCAGGGAGUGGCACUUUGAGUGGCUGAAGCCGUGGGUACACUACAUUCCGCUGAGCAUCCAGGGCAACGAAUGGCUCGAGGCUGUGCGCUUCUUUGCCGAAGAGACCCUGGGCAAGAGGGAGGCGGAGAGGUUGGCGAUGCAAGGCAGGGAGUGGGCCAACAAGGUGCUGAGGAACGAUGACCUGGAGGUGUGGUUCUUCAGGCUGUUGCUAGAAUAUGGCCGUGUGAUCGACGACGACCGCGAGAAGAUUGGCUUCUCUCUGUGA